UAUGUGGAGAAGCCCGGUAGUUGUGGGUGCCCUCGCGAGCAGUAGUAGCGGCGAGAGCCUAGCUUGAUGGGCGUGGUGGACCUGCGUGGACCUGGAUUCUGUUCGCCCAGCUUGGCCAGAAGGAAAACUCGAGGUGGAGAGGAGAGCUUGAGUUGCUGUCCUGCCUUCCCGAAAGCUAGCACCAUGACCCUUACCAAAGGUUCCUUCACCUAUUCCAGUGGAGAGGAAUAUCGUGGGGAGUGGAAGGAAGGGCGUCGGCAUGGUGUUGGGCAGUUGACAUUUGCUGAUGGCAGCGUUUACCUGGGACACUUUGAGAAUGGUCUCUUCAAUGGCUGUGGGGUGCUCACUUUUGCAGAUGGCUCCAGGUACGAGGGAGAGUUUGUCCAGGGAAAGUUCAAUGGUGUCGGAGUCUUCACCCGCUAUGACAACAUGAUCUUUGAAGGAGAAUUCAAGAGUGGACGUGUUGAUGGCUUUGGACUUCUGACUUUCCCUGAUGGCUCCCAUGGAAUUCCCCGCAAUGAAGGCUUUUUUGAGAACAACAAACUCUUGCGACGGGAGAAGUGCCAGGCAGUGGUUCAACGUGCACAGAGUGCCUCCAAAUUGGCACAUGGUCUCACAGCAUGAUGGGGCAAACUCUUAAGUAGUUCUACCCUGGGACUCUCCCAUGAAACUGUAGCCUAAGUCCCAGGGUUGGCAGCAAUGCAGAGCAUAGAAAUUACAGAGACAAAUGCCAUCUCUUGAAGGUAGACAAUCCCAACCCAGCUCUGCUCAGUUGGACAGCCUGCCUGGAGCACUCUCUUAAACAGCUCAGCCCUUAUAGUGUGCAUUGGUGCCAAACCUCAAUUACAGAACCACCCUUCCAGACAAAGGAUCUGCCACUCCUAAGGCAGAGACAUUCUCUUUGCUGGGAGCAUCCUCUAGAAGGUCUGUCAGUGCUAAAUCCCCACAGCCAUGAUGGAAACAGUGAGGAUUACUAUACCCAUUCUCCCUUGCUCCCCUUUAACUGGUAGGAGAAGAAUGACUUGUUAAUAUACAUUAUGGAAAUGCAUAUGAUUAGUUUACAUCUUUCCUCACUUUGAGACCAGGGCAGCUGGGAUGUUGUGACUUAGCUGGAUUGGUCUUCAGUGGUCAGAAUUGGAACUUGCAUUUAGCACAGCAUCUGUUCCCUUCUGAAGCCCUAAACCCUCUGGGUCUCACUCUCCUUCUCUUCUCCCUCUCCUUCUCUUCUCCCCCUCGCUCCAUUCCAUGAUGCUCAAUCUGUGUCAAAAACAAAGAAAUGGAAAAUUGAUCUGUAGAGUAGAAUUCUAGACCUCCUGAAUGUGCCUUCCCCAGCUUUGUGGAUAAGCACAGGGAAGGAAACCUGAGCUGUGCUGCUUGCCCUUCUUGUUGUCCAUGCUUCAGGCUCCAGAGUGUAUCUGGGACUUCUUUCCACUGUUGUUGUAGGUUUCUUCUGCUUCUGUUUUAUCCUGCGGACAUGAGCCCUCUCACUGUGAGUAUUUGGGUUGCUCCCUGGGUUAACAGCAGCCUUUCCUUAUGUAAGGUACUUGGCCUAGAAGGAAGGGAUCCAUUUUGCCUUCAAAGCUGUUGCAUGGCAUCCAUGCACUGCAGUGCCACAUAGGCAGGGCUGUGUGUAUUCUGCACUUGAAAGAAAUGAAGAUUCUGCACCAAGAAAUGCUAUACUCAGUAAAUGGCAUUGAUUACACAAAUUAACAAGUGUGCAUGAAUCUGCUUAUUUUGCCUAAGUGCUGCUUUUGUAGUCAUGGGAAAAGGAAAAGAGCUUGGUAGAAAACUGAAGUCUAACCACCAGAAGUCUGGUGCAGCCCAUCAGUCCCUCUUUCUCUGGCUUCUCAGAUUUGAUCAGGCAUUACCUACUAGCUUGUAAGCCUCUUCUUGCAGUCUGAAUAGGUAGAAUUUUGCUUUUAAAAUAACCAGUGGAGAUUCUCAAAAUACUGACUUCGAUGCUCAGUACUGAAUUCUAUAAUACAGUCACAGAAUCAGUGGCAUGCAUAUGGCUCUGCACAUCCCGAACCAAAAUGGUUUCUAUCCCCAUUUUGCCUACUAAGUCCAAAGAGGGGGUUGUUACCAGAUAUACAGUCCAAUCUGUUGUCUUCAGUGGGCUUAGAAGGGUGUAACUGUUUAGGGUACUCUUGCUGUGCCCUCCCCCUUCCCAAGCAUUUUGGUGGAUGAGAGGCAAAUAUGUGAACCUAGUAGGACAACUUAAUUUGAAGACUGUAGGCCAUCCCUAAGUUGAAAUGCAAGCUAAGCUGUGGAAGUCUUCUGGUAGGAUCCUUCUUAGAGAUGCAGGCCGAAUGGAAAUGCAGAUAGGAAAAAUUAGUUGUUGAUGGACAGCAAGGAAGACUGAAAGUGAAUGGUGGAGAAAGGAGAGUUGGGAAUGAAUGGUCUUUGGAGAGCUACUCUGUUUUUGUGCAGCCACUUCAUGUUUGUGUGCACUGGAAGCAAUCAUGGGAUUGUCUUGAGACGGGGGGGUGUUCUUAGCCAAGCAUUGACCCGCAUGAUGUAUGUCCCUAAGUGCCAUGCUGGAGCCUGUGUGACCAGCCCAGCUCCACACUGAAUGUCUGCGUGUCAAUGCCACCCUGGUGCCUUUCUGUCUCUGCCCAUAUAUGGGCCUUAGCCAAAUAAAAGAGUUGCUGGA